CUCUACACACAACUAGAAGACAACCCACAUCUACAUGUACGCCGGCCCUUGCACAACACCGCCACAACGAGAGAGAGAGAGAGAGAGGGAGAGAGAGGAGGGGUAGGGAGACAGAGAGACAAACAGACAAUUGCCUGCCAAGAAACAAAAGAGUGAUCAAACCGAGAAGCGAAUUCCUUCCCUCCCAACAAAGGAGAGAGAGAGAGGGGGGAGAAGCAAGCAGCUCCUUCAAGAAGGGUGAGGAGAGAUCCAGAGAGAGAUGGGGAUGAGGCCCGGGUGGAUUGGCGGCCUGGUGGCGGAGACCUUCUUCGUGGCCUGCCCCGCGCACGAGAGCCGCAAGAAGAACGAGAAGAACAUCUUCUGCCUCGGCUGCUGCGCCAGCAUCUGCCCCCACUGCGCGCCCGCGCACCGCCACCAUCCUCUCCUCCAGGUGCGACGCUACGUGUACCAUGACGUCGUCCGCCUCGGUGACCUCGAGAAGCUCAUUGACUGCUCCUAUGUUCAGUCCUACACGAUCAACAGCGCCAAGGUGAUCUUCCUGAAGCCGAGGCCUCAGUCCAGGCCCUUCAAGGGCUCCGGCAACGUCUGCUUGACAUGCGACAGGAUCCUCCAAGAGCCCUUCCAUUUCUGCUCCCUCUCUUGCAAGGUGGAUCAUGUGAUGAUGCAGGGAGGGGACCUGUCCAACAUCCUGCAGUACUACGGCGAGCCGGACCACCUCACCUUCCCGCGCUUCGAGAACCUCCGCGUCGGCGGCUCCGACGCCGACGACGACACCGACGGCGGGCAGGUCACCCCGAACUCGAUCCUCGAGGACCCGACGCACCACUACGGCGCCGGUGGCGGGUCGAGCGACAAUGGCGAUGACGCUAGGGUCGGCAACGGCGUGCUGCGCGGCGAGGCGGCGGCGGUGAAGAGGAAGAAAGGGGGAGGGUUCUUUCCUCAGAUUGUGAUGUCACUCGGCAACAGGAGGAAGGGUGCCCCCCACAGGUCCCCUCUGGCCUAAGCACUCGCUGUCGAUCGUGCCAUAUGCAUGCUGCUGUUAGUUAUCGCUAGAUAUAGCUAGUAGCAACAGCUGCAGUGAUGGUGGUAGCUACCAGGAGUGUGUUAUGAUAGUCCUAUGAUUAGCCUUGUAGAGCCUAAGAGAGUUUGGUUUGUUGGUUGCUGCUUUGAGAGGAGAGGGAGGGGCCUUGUGAUCCGGAAGAGAUCCUUUGACGUAACUGAAUCGUGAGGUGGCUGCUCAUAUGUGAGUCAACUGUUAGUAGACCAUGUGUGUCAGCGACGAAGUCACCGUGCAGUUAGGUCGUCGAAGGAACCGCUUCCCUUGUGAUCCAUGUAGCUAGGGCCAUCUCAAGUCAAGGCAGUAAGUUGUUUGAUGAGAAUCAGAGAAAGGGUAGUAAAGCAAAGCAGUUCCCCCCUGUUACAGGACUAGGUAGGCGCUUGUAAGUGGGGCCCACAUUGCAAGCAGGGUCCACGCGAGGUGGCUACCAAUUUUGUAUUUGAUGUAACAAGGGUCACCUGCAUACACUUCCACAGCUAUAUAUAAAUAACCCCCAGACUAUAUAUAUGUUGUUAGCAAUAUAAUGUACAUUGUGUUGCUCA